AUGACAUCUCUAGCUGACUGUACAGAGGUGGAGCGGCAGCUUCAGAUCAGCAAAGACCUCUUUUCGUACGGGGAAAAGGCCCUGGCCCUGGCCCUGCAGAAUCGACCAAAGAAUACCAAUAAGCAGUAUCUCCCCAAGCAGAGAGAAUGGCGGGACUUCUGCAAGGAGACUGGCUUUGAAGAUGGGGAGAUGGUGACAGAGAGAAAGCUGGUCUGGUUUCUGGAGGAGAAGGUGCUUUGUCGUCCACUGCAGGGCUCUGUUUAUAAGAGCAAGAGAGCUCGUACGGACAGGGAUGGCAACACUGUGCUGCAGACUGUGGGUAAGAGCACAGUCAAGCUAUAUGUGGCAGCCGUGGUGGAUCUGUACAGAUUUCAGAAGAGCAGAGGAAUCAACUCCUCUGAUCAUCCACAUGAACAGCUGCUUUCAAAUGAGGGGCCCACUCCAUGCUGGCCUAUGAUUCUCAUCACAGAUAAUGGCAAGACCAACCAGCUGGGGCAGCUGAAGUAUGCUGCUGUGAUGAGACAUAAGAAUCCUCUACUCUGUACAAUAUCUCAUCUGGCAUUCUAUCUGUUCUACCGCUGGAAUAUUAGUUCGUACGAGCAAUGGCAGGGUUUGAACCACAGACUCAGGGCAACUACUUUCUUCCUCGAGCCACCAUCCCCCCCCCCGAAGCAGCUGGAGGCUGCCAUCUGGCCAUGGGUGGAUGUCUGGCUAGAUAGAUUUGAUUCGUACGAGAGAUUGAGCCAGAAACAGAGACAGACACAGAAGAGGGAAAGAGAAGCAGCAGAAAUGGAAGAAGUGAAGAAGACAGAGCAAGAAUUGUCAGAGAAUGAACAAGACUUAGCAGCUCAGAGAUUUCUGCGGCUGCUGAAGCAGCUUCAUACAGUGAUUCUUCAGAACUCUGUGUUUCUGCAGAGGCAGUUCCCUGACCACCCUCUAUGGUCAGAUGCUCUCUUCGUACGAGAGGAUUAUCAGAAGUAUACUCUUCAGAUUGUUCAGACUCUUGAGACAGCUGUGGAGCCUCAGAAGAUUCAGAUUCAGCGAGUAGUAUCUGUCAUUGCUGAUCAGCUGAAAAAUGUGCGACAGGAGAUGAUUCAGUCCAUUGAUAAGUGGGGUUAUGAGAAUCAACAACUGCAGCAAAAAAUGGCUCAGCAGCUUGCUGAUCUAGUUGAUGGUCAAAUCAUUUUCUUCAUACAGGCAGUUCCUCAGAGCUCUGCUGCUCAGAAUUCAGUGAUGAAUCUGGCUGCCAUUCUCUCUACUUUCUCUCUGCCCUCCUCUUCUUCUACUCUUUCCAGAGACAUCGUACAGAGGUCAGUGGAGUCAGAGAUGGAGAUGAGACAAUCAUCAUCUAACAAUGCUGAAUCUGUGGAUCUGACAGCCACACUUCUCACCUCUUCCCGGACAGGAAAUGGUUAUUCUCUUUCUCGUACAAUACAGUCAGUGCCUGAUCUGUGGCGGGAGUGGACCACUGGUCUGGGGGGUGGUCCAUCAGUGCAGAGCCUGGAGGAUCAGGGAGGCAGCUGGCGCAAGAGCUCCUCCAAGGAGCAGAUGAUGUUCUGCCGGUGA